AUGGGCCAGACCAUUGUUAUUAUCAAUGAUGCAGAGCUCGCCUUCGACCUUUUGGAUAAGCGAUCAGCCAAGCAUUCGUCAAGGCCUACGCAAAUCUUUGCUGGUGAAAUGAUCGGCUGGGAGAACUCACUUGCGCUUUCAGGUUACAAUGACCGCUUCAGAACUUACCGCAAGAAUAUAGCUCGCAUUAUUGGAUCAAAGACUGUUGCGGCUCAAUACGAUGAUUUAGAGGAAGCUGAAGUCAGCCACUUUCUGCUUCACGUGCUAGAUCACCCCGGCCAAUUGAUAGAUCAUAUAAGAAAAGAGGCCGGUGCAAUUAUCUUGAAGAUAGCUUAUGGAUAUAGAGCAGAGCCAUUGAAGGAAGAUCUUCUUAUUAAUAUGGUCGGUAAGGCCAUGGAUAAUUUCGGAACUGCUGCUGUCCCUGGCGCAUUUUUAGUGGAUGUAAUGCCUUUCUUGAGGUAUUUGCCAGACUGGAUUCCCGGGGCUGGCUUUAAGAGGCUUGCCCGCCAGUGGGCAUCAGAACUCAAUGACGUUGCUGAAAAGCCUUAUGCCUUUGUACAGCACCAAAUUUCACACGGAAAGCAAGACAAUUCGCUUCUGGCACAGCUUCUUGAAGCAGGUGAUUCAACCGAUGAAGAGAAAAUAACGAACAAGUGGUCAGCUGCGUCUCUAUAUGCAGCGGGAGCUGAUACGACCGUAUCUGCUAUUGCGUGCUUCUUCUUAGCCAUGUCGCUCUUCCCCAAUGCUCAGAAAGCGGCUCAAGAUGAGAUUGACCGUGUUAUUGGCAAUGAUAGACUCCCAACCUUUACAGAUCGCCCAAACCUGCCCUAUAUCGAAGCUUUAGUCAAGGAAGUUUUGAGAUGGCAUCCCGUUGCUCCUAUGGGCCUGCCUCACACAAGCACCGUAGAGGACAUAUUCGCGGGGUACCUAAUUCCUAAAGGGUCCAUGGUGAUGGCCAAUAUUUGGUACUUCUUACAUAAUCCCGAGGUCUACGACGAACCGAUGCGUUUCAAGCCAGAAAGAUUCCUACCAAUCGACGGCCAGCCCGAGCAAGACCCACGCGCAUACGUGUUUGGAUUUGGACGUCGUCUCUGUCCAGGACGUGUAUUAGCUGAAAAUACCCUAUUCCUCAAUAUUGCACAGUCUUUGGCAGUUUUCAAUGUUAGCACACAUGAGAACGCUACUACACGAGAGGUGCUUUUCACACCCGGUAUCGUUAGCCAUCCUGAGUCGUUCCAGGCUACAAUUACGCCGAGGUCUGUCCAUCACGAGAAGUUGAUUAGACGUUUGGAGCAGAAACACCCGUGGGAGACAAGUGAUAGUCAUAUUCUUUAUAGUAUGAAGACACAGAAUUAG